GCUUAAAAAGGAGAGUAUCACUGUGCCAGAGGUGAAAAACCUCAGAGAGGCCAGUGAGAGAGGGGAGAGAGUGAGAGAGAGCUGAGAGAAGCAGAGAGGGACAGCAGAGGGGACAGGGAUAUGGCCUGGGUUCCUCUUGUAAUGUCUUUUCAGAUUAUGUUUUUCCUUAUCAUUCUGGAAUCUGGACAUGCUACUGAGACGGAUCCCAGAGGGCUGGGAGCUACGGCCACAGGAGAUAUCAUCAUCGGAGGAAUCUUUUCCAUUCAUGAAGACGUAAACAAAGACAACAUAUCCUUUGCACCCCAGCCACGGCCAUGUAUCAGGUUUCAAGAAAGAGGCCUGACAAGGGCUCUGGCUAUGAUCAAUUAUAUAGAGCUCCUGAAUAAAUCCCCUCCGCUGACUGCUGCUAACAUCACUCUGGGUUACCGGAUCCUGGACUCCUGCUCUGAUGUCAGCACAGCUCUGAGAGCCACAGCUGACUUCAUCCAGCAGCCCGACUGCCACGCAGGAAGCAACACCUCUACCAGUGGCCAGCCAGUCAUGGCUGUCAUAGGUGCCACUCACUCUGAAAUAUCAGUUGCCAUCGCCAGGCAACUGACUCUCAAGAUGAUUCCUCAAAUCAGUUAUGCAUCAACCGCUGUCAUUCUGAGUGAUAAGAGCCGAUUCCCUGCCUUCAUGAGGACCAUCCCUAAUGACAAGCAUCAGACAGCCGCCAUGGUCAGUCUGCUCAGCAGCUACGGCUGGAACUGGGUGGGAGUAGUUACCACAGAUGGAGAUUAUGGCCGAUCAGCUCUUGACCACUUUGUGUCCCAGGCCUCUGAAAAGGGGAUCUGUGUGGCCUUCAAAUCAAUUCUCCCUCAGUCUGUGUCCAGUCAGGAUGUCUCCUCAGCUAUCACGCAGACUGCCAAAACCAUCUUCAACAAUCCCAAGGUACAGGUUAUUGUGUCCUUUGCCAAGCCAACUCACAUGAUGUACCUUUACCAGGAGCUUAGGGAUCAGAUACUGAGAGCAGGACACAGCGUGGAGACAAUGAGAAGAGUCUGGGUGGCCAGUGACAGCUGGUCCUCCUCCAGCUCUGUGAAAGGAAACUUAACUCUGAAGGACAUAGGAUACAUUGUGGGCUUCACCUUCAAGAGUGGAGACUUGUCAUCAUUCCUUGAGUACCUGAGCAGGCUGGAGGCAGCUGGACCUGAGUACAUAAGGAACAACCCCUUCUUGCAGGAGUUCUACAUGCAGCUAAAUGCCCAUAAAGGCUCUGGAGACACUGAGCUGGAAUCUGAAGCUGUGAAGACCCUUAGAGAAAAUACUGAUGCUGACACAGUCUUCAGUAUUGAGAUGGCUGUGAGCGCCAUUGCUCAGGCUGUAGAAUCUGUCUGCAGGAGCAGAGACUGCAAAACACCAGGCACAGUGCAACCCUGGGAGGUGCUGAAAGCUCUGUGGAUGCAGGAGUUUAAACUUAGAGGAAAGAGCUACAGGUUUGACAACAGAGGAGACAUCAACCUGGGCUAUGAUGUGUCUUUGUGGCGGUCAGAGAAAGGGAACCUCUAUGUCCAUGAUGUUGUGGCUGAGUAUCACCCACACACCAACAUCUUCACCCACACCAACCACAGCAGCACCCAGCAGUUCUGGGAUCUGAAGAACAUCAUCUCAAAAUGCUCCAAUAGCUGCGUCCCUGGAGAGUUCAAGAAAACAGCUGAGGGUCAACACACCUGUUGUUAUGAGUGCAUCAAUUGCACUGAGAACUACUACUCUAAUAAUACAGACAUGGACCAGUGUCUGAGCUGUGACACAGACACUGAGUGGUCCGCCAGCGGCAGCUCCACCUGCACCCCCAAAACCCUGCUUUACUUCUCGUGGCAGGACGGCUUCGCUGUGGUGCUACUGGUCUUUGCUGCUCUUGGCAUCGUCCUGGUUUUUCUCGUGUCGGCUCUGUUUUUACAUCAGCGUGACACUCCUGUAGUGAAGGCUGCCGGAGGGCCCCUGAGCCAGAUCAUCCUGUUCUCUCUGGUAUUCAGUUACAUCAGCGCCGUGCUGUUUGUGGGUCGGCCGAGCGCUCUCCAAUGUAAGGCUCGGCAGGUGCUCUUUGGCAUCAGCUUCACUCUGUGUGUCUCCUGCAUACUGGUCAAGACCCUGCAGAUCCUGCUGGCCUUCCAGUUCAACCCUGAGCUGCAGGAGGUUCUGCGGAGACUCUACCAGCCUUAUGUCAUCGUCAGCAUCUGUGUGGCCUUGCAGGCAGUUACGUGCACCUGCUGGCUGGUCCUCCAAAGCCCAUAUAAUUACAUCAACAGGCAAGCAACCACUCUGCUGGAGGAAUGUCACGAGGGCUCGUACCUAGCCUUCGGGGUGAUGUUGGGCUACAUAGCUGUCCUAGCUUUCGUGUGUUUCAUCUGCGCCUUCAAAGGACGCAGACUUCCACAGCACUACAAUGAGGCAAAGUUCAUCACUUUCAGCAUGCUGCUCUACCUAAUCUCCUGGAUGCUCUUUGUUCCAGUCUACGUCACCACUUCAGGAGAAUACCUGUCGGCUGUGGAGAUGGUGGUCAUCCUCAUCUCCAACUAUGGCAUCCUCAGCUGCCAUUUCUUCCCAAAGUGCUAUGUAAUCCUUUUCAAAAAGGAACAAAACACCAAGAGCGCGUUCAGGAAGCAUCUGUAUGAUUAUUCCAACAAUACCACGAAUUCUUCCUCUGUGUCUGUGUCAGUGCAGCAGUCCAGCAGUCAGCAGUCAGUCAUCAGUGCUUUGUCCUUCUCUGUACAUGCAGCUAAUCCUCUCAAACCGGCUGUGGAGACAAACUGCCGAGCCGGGACCAGCUGCACAAGUUUGAACAGAGGUUCAUUCAACCGACACUGCAUCCGAAGAAGCACCAGCAUGUAACUUCGUCUUUAUUUAAAACGGGUUCUCAGAAAUCUUUUUUUUACUGAAUUAUACAUUUUACAAGAUCUCUGUGUGGUUCUGUUUUUUUUUUUUUCAGAAGUAAGAAGUAUUUUCUCAUAAUGUUGCAUUUGACAAUGAAUAUCCUAAAAAUAAAACAAGCCCAAAUUUACAUAAACAAGGAACCAGACAUGUCAGCUCCAGCCAGACACAAGCACAGCAGCAUCAGGAUGGAAUAUUACUCCUGAGGCUUUGGAGGGGUCUGAGAAAAUCUCAGAAUUAUUAAAUUUAACCACUAAAAAUUAGAAAUGAACUAUAAUUAGGACACAGUGUAAAUGGAGGUCCCUGUGGUAAUUUCAUUUCAAAUUAAUUAAUUACUUAAUUACAUUGUUGUUCGCCAGGCUGGAAAUUUGUUUUUGGAGCAUAAAAACAUGUAACUUCUAGGUAUAACACAUUUAACAAAACAAAAGACACGAAAACAUUAAAUCAAAUAGUCUUUAAAAUGGAUUUAAAGGCUGAUUUCUCUUGGGAUGUCCGUCAGGGUGUUCAUAACGUCAUGCACAGGUUCUUAGAUUCAUCCCGCUUCUUUUCUGGCUAUAUCCCAAAUGCCAGAAAAUCCCAUUGAAAAAAUAUUGUUACUCUUACAUAUGGAUAAUGCAGCUGGGCCAGCGAACCGACUAAUUUAUUGAUCUAUGUAUGAACUCUGUUCUGUAAUUUUGUUAAAAUAAAAUAAAA